GUGAAACUCAAAAACAUGACUCUCUGCCUCGCCACUCUCCUCACACAUAACAACUCUCAGUGCCUUAUUCUUAAUGAGAAGUGAGAACCGCACACCAAUAUUCUUCUCCUUCUUCUUCUUCUCGAUUUCGCUCUCGCUCUCGCUCUCCAUCAUUCCAGUAAUCAGCAGGUCUCACAAUAGUCACCGUCGCUCUGGAUCUGGUUCCCAUAACAAAACAUGGGUUUCUGAUAAUGAAAGUUCUGAUAGCAAUAAUGGCUUGACCACAGGGGCUAUUAUAGGCAUUAUUAUAGGUUCAAUAUUGGUGGCUGUUAUUUUGAUACUUGCUCUUUUCUUCUGUGUCCGAAAGCAAAAAGGGAAGGAAAAGGUUACAAGAACUUCUAGUGGGAGCCUUCCUCAUGGAACUACUAAUGAAGAAGGGAGCUGGUUCCACAUCAGAGAAACCUCGUUGAUUUUUGCAUGCUACCAACCUCAAGAUCACCUCAAGAUGUUAUGUGUGAUGCUGGUAAGUCUUGUGGUGUGGAGUCCGUUUGUUGUAGGUUCAGAAAACUUAGCCGCGAAUCAUGAUGUCAUGCAGAUAGUUGAGGUCUUGGAUGACCGUGCGCGUGAUAAGCGACUGGUUGCUUUACCGGAAAAAUACCACAAAUCUCAGAGAGGUUGGAAGGUUGUGUCCAUACAGGGAGACAAAGCACAACAUGAUCAUACAAAGGCACUUUCAUUAUUCAAGAAUGGGAGCUUCCCUUUAAUGGGGCUAGCAAGUUGUUCAAGAAGAAUGGGAUGAUAGUGCUGUGAGUAGCUGUGAGUUGCGGUUCGAACAAAGUGCCAAUUCAUUUUGAUAACUAUUCAGUAAAUUCAAGAGAAAAAAAUUGUCGCAUCAAAUAAGCAAAAGCAAAGACCAACUUCAAAGCUAGGAGAACCGUGUCAUUGGUGUCAAGGCAAAAAUAAUGUCAAGUUAUCAAUUUUUUGAAGAGCAGUCAAAGGUUUAUGGUUUUGAAUUUUUUAGUAUAUUUAUGAUUCAUGAUUUUUCUUCCUCAUUUACUUUUAAACUCUUAGAUGAUUAGAUCAAUUGUGAAAACCGAAAACCAGGCUACUUUUAAAGUUACAACUUUAGAUCAUUGCUAACAUACACUCGUAUUGCUACAUUGAUAUAACAUAGUUAUAGGUUAGUAA